UCAACAGCCGCCAUCUUGUCGCGGCUCGGUCAGCGCCGGAGAUCUCCGGGGCCCUGCGAGGACUACAGGGGAUUAGAGGGCUGCCAUUCACGACAGCGGGGGACUCCGGAGGCAGCAGAGGGGGGGCUCAUUCUUCCCCCCACGGAGGUGGCGACUAUUUUUUUUUUUCCUCCUAAUCCGAGGCCCCGUUUGGUGGCAGCAGCGGCGGCGGCUCCUUCAUUGUUUUCCCUCCCCUCCCGGAGGAGGAGGAGGAAGCAGCGAGCGCACGGUUGCGUGGGCGGGCGGAGGAGAGCACCGGAGGGGGAGGGGAACUGGAACCGAGGCCUGACGCAACCCUCUCCGGCGGCGGCGCCCCGCAGGGCCUACCCUCGGCCUGACACCCCGGCAGCCGCCACUUUUUGGGGGGCCGGAGCACCCCCAUAUUUGUCGCCCCUCCUUUCAUCGCGGGGUCAUUACCUCAUCCCACUCAGGGGUCUCCGGCUGCUCGGAUUUAAGGAGGGGGCCUGAUUUUUUUGGGCAGGAUCUGGACUAAUUUUGGGGGGUUCCCUAGUAGUCAAUCACCUGCGCCCGGAGUGACCUGCAGGGGGCGCUCUAGUAUCUUGCCGGUGAGGGUUCAUUGUAGGUCCUGAUUUUUUGGGGGGUCACUAGACUAUUUUGGGGGACCCUCGGUGUGUUGUUUUUUAAAAAUUUUUUUUUUUUUUAUAUUUUUUUACUUGUCUGCCGGUGACUUCAGCUGCCCCCCCCCUCCAGUGAGCAGUUACCCCCGGGGGCAGGGGGAGCUCUCCGGACAGGCUGUGUUUUUGGAGGGUGACAGCCGGGGGGGUGCCCUCCACUUGCUGGGAUCGGGGGGCUCUGUCCUCGGGCCCCCCUCGGGAUGCAGGACUCGGGGGGCCGCUGAGGUGUUGGCCGCUAGUAGUAGUAGUAAGAAGCCGGGAGGGGGUGGUGGCAGGGCCCGGGCAUCCCCUCCUCCUCCUCCCCUGCACGCUGCUCCUCCUCCGGGGAGGGAGUCUUGUCUGUCUUCGGUGACCGAUCAGAAAAGGGGAGAAGAUGGCCGAGAACCUGCUGGAGGGGCCGCCCAACCGGAAGAGACCCAAGCUCAGCUCGCCGGGCUUCUCCGCCAGCGCGGACAGUACAGAUUUUUCUUUCUUUGACUUGGAAAAUGACCUUCCGGACGAGUUGAUUCCAAAUGGAGAUCUCGGCCUUUUAAACACUGGCGGAGGACUAGGACAAGAUGCUUCCUCCCAAAACAAGCCGCUCUCGGACCUUCUUCGUGGAGGGAAUCCAGCGCUGGGCAUGGGAAGAGGGGGCUCUGGUAGCCCCGUACAGCAGACUAUGGGAGGGCAAGGCCAGCAGAACAGCCCAGGCCAUGGCAACCUGGGAGGCCUCAACAAGAGCCCUCUGAACCAAGGGCUGUCUGUCACCCCACCAUCGGGAUUAAACAAGCCUGCCGCUGGCACCUCUGGUCCGUCUGUUCCCACCUCGCAGUCUCAAAAGCAAGUUGGCAUGGUGGCAGGCAGCCCUGCUGCACAACAGGCAUCUGCGGGUAUCUGCAUGAACUCCAACUUCAACCAAGGGCAUCAAGCACUGUUGAAUAACAGCUCUGGGCACACACUAAUGGGCCAAGCCCAGCCGGCACAGGGACAGGUAGUGAAUGGUUCACUGGGACCUGGAAACCGAGGUCGAGGAGCGGGCUUACAGUACAGUUCACCCGCCAUGCAAGCUAAUCCAGGGAGUGUACUUGCUGAAACGUUAACACAGGGGUCGGCGACUAUGCCGGCUCACACAGGAAUGACCACCACCCAAUCGGGACCCAUGGCAAAGAUGGGACUCCAAGGCAACAACGGCCCUUUUGGACAAGCGUUCAACCAAUCACCGGGGCAACAAAUUCGAGCCCAGGGGGUAAAUCCUCAGCUUCCCAACAAGCCUGCCAUGGCAAAUAGCCUUCCACCAUUCCCUUCUGAUAUGAAAAGCUCGCCCGUCGCAAAUGUUCCGAACAUGUCUCCUUUGCAAGCGCAAGUUCAGCAAGUUGGCAUCGGCACCACACCCUCGAUGGGAACCGGCCCCACUGCCGACCCGGAAAAACGCAAACUCAUCCAGCAGCAACUGGUCCUCUUGCUGCAUGCCCACAAAUGUCAGCGGCGUGAGCAAACUAACGGUGAGAUGCGGGAUUGCGCCCUCCCACACUGCCGUACUAUGAAGAACGUGCUGAAUCACAUGACGCACUGUCAGGCCGGGAAAGCUUGCCAGGUCGCCCACUGCGCUUCCUCAAGACAGAUAAUCUCUCACUGGAAGAACUGUACGCGGCAUGAUUGUCCGGUGUGCCUCCCUUUGAAGAAUGCCAGUGACAAAAGGAACCAGCAACCUCUCCUUGGAUCUCCUUCCAGUGGAGUUCAGAAUCCCCUUGGGGCAGUAGGAACCCAACAGUCGACUCCUACCCUCAGCAGCCCCAACCCAAUUGACCCCAGCUCCAUGCAAAGGGCGUAUGCUGCACUGGGUCUUCCUUAUGGUAACCAGUCUCAGGGCCCUGGGCAGCAAGCACAGUCUCAAGUUCAUCAGCAGAUCCGUGGCAUCAACGCACUGGGUGGUAAUCAGAUGAACCUCUCCGCUGGAGGAAUGGCGACGGAACAACAGACUAACCUGCUCAAUGAAGCUUCUCUUCCCACUGCACUGGCAAAUACAAACUCCUUGUUGGGUGAUGGUAACAAUCCCAGCUCUGUUGGCAACUUGGGUACCAUGCCUACAGCAGCACCACCUUCUUCAACAGGGGUUAGGAAAGCCUGGCAUGAGCAUGUGACCCAGGACCUCCGAAACCAUCUCGUUCACAAACUAGUCCAAGCAAUCUUUCCCACUCCUGACCCUGCAGCCCUGAAAGAUCGGCGGAUGGAAAAUCUGGUGGCUUAUGCCCGGAAAGUGGAGGGUGACAUGUACGAGUCCGCCAAUAGCAGGGACGAAUAUUACCAUUUACUCGCUGAAAAAAUCUACAAAAUCCAAAAGGAACUGGAAGAGAAGCGAAGGUCGCGUUUGCAGAAACAAGGCAUUCUGGGCAACCAGACCUCUCUACAGACACCUGGUACACAGGCUCCAGCUCUUCCACAGGCAGCUGCUGCUCUUGGCCAAGCACAGCCUGUCCGGCCAGCCAAUGGCCCACUCCAAAUGUCUCCGGUUCCUAUGAGCAGGAUGCAGCUCCCUUCAGGAAUGAAUCAGUUUAACAACAUGCCCAUUGGAAAUGUACAGAUUCCUCCUGCUCCGAUGGGACCCCGUGCAGCUUCCCCGCUCAACCACCCCACACAAAUGAACAACAUGGGAUCGGUGCCGGCUAUGGCAAUGUCUCCUUCCCGCAUGUCCCAGCCACAGACCAUGAUGGGUGCACAUGGCAAUAAUCUAAUGGGUCCAGCACAGACUCAGAAUCAGUUCUUGCAACAAGGACCGUUUCAGCCCAAUAAUGGAGGCUUAGGAGUGACACUAGGGCAAACGGGGGCAGCAGCGGCUGCAGUGUCACAGCAGGGACAGGCGCCCACUGCAUCUUUGCCAAUCAGCAACUCCAUGAACAUUCUGGGCCCUCAAACCAGUCAGCUUCCAAGGCCGGCCCUCUCCCAGUCUCCCCUCCAUCAGACUUCUCCUUCUGUUGCUGCUGCUGGUAUGCCUCCUGUUCAGCACCCAACACCAGCCGGCAUGACUCCACCUCAGCCAGCAGCGCCAUCCCAGCCAUCCACUCCGCUGCCACCAGCAGGGCAAACCCCAGCACCCACCCCUGGCUCCGUCCCGAACGCCAUGCAGACGCAGAGCACCCCCACGGUGCAGGCAGCUGCCCAGGCUCAGCUCACUCCACAGCCUCCUACUCCUGUGCCCAGCCAAUCUGUGCCGACCCCACAGCCAGCUCAGCUGCAACCAACAUCUGUACAUGCAGCAGCUCCUGGCACUCCACUUUCACAGGCAGCUGCAAGUGUUGACAACCGUGUGCCUACUCCUGCCUCGGUAGCCAGCACAGACAACCAAUCAGCCCCUGAUCAUCCAGCGAUUGAUGUCAAACAAGAAAUCAAAACUGAGGAGUCAGAGCCCAGUGAGAACCCAAUGGAGCCCAAAACAGAGGUGGAAGAAGAAGUACCCGCUCAGGUAAAGGAAGAACUAGUUGAAGGAACAGAGACAAAAACGGAACCAAUGGAAGUUGAGGAAAAGAAGCCAGAGGUAAAGGUAGAAACCAAGGAAGAGGAAGAGAAUUCAAGCAGUAGCACUACACCUCCGUCCACAUCGCCUUCUCAGCCACGGAAAAAGAUAUUUAAACCAGAGGAGCUACGUCAAGCCUUGAUGCCUACCCUUGAAGCACUAUAUCGACAAGAUCCGGAGUCAUUGCCUUUCCGGCAACCCGUCGAUCCUCAGUUGCUGGGCAUACCAGAUUACUUUGAUAUUGUGAAGAACCCCAUGGACUUGUCAACCAUAAAGCGGAAACUUGAUACGGGGCAGUACCAGGAGCCAUGGCAGUAUGUGGAUGACGUGUGGCUCAUGUUCAAUAAUGCCUGGCUGUAUAACCGCAAGACUUCCCGGGUUUACAAGUACUGCAGCAAGCUUGCCGAGGUGUUCGAGCAGGAGAUCGACCCUGUUAUGCAGUCACUGGGCUACUGCUGUGGACGGAAGUUUGAGUUCUCCCCACAGACAUUGUGUUGUUACGGGAAGCAGCUUUGUACAAUCCCUCGUGAUGCCGCCUACUUCAGCUAUCAGAACAGGUAUCACUUCUGUGAAAAGUGUUUCACUGAGAUUCAGGGGGACAACGUAACUCUGGGAGAAGAUCCUUCCCAGCCUCAAACGACAAUCUCCAAAGAACAGUUUGAGAAAAAGAAGAACGACAUGCUGGAUGCUGAGCCGUUUGUGGAUUGUAAAGAAUGUGGCAGGAAAAUGCAUCAGAUUUGUGUGCUACACUAUGACAUCAUUUGGCCAUCUGGAUUUGUCUGUGAUAACUGUCUGAAGAAAACUGGAAGGGCACGGAAGGAGAACAAGUUCUGUUCAAAGAGACUCCAGACAACUCGACUAGGAAGUCAUCUGGAGGACCGUGUCAACAAGUUCCUUCGGCGGCAGAAUCAUCCUGAAGCUGGAGAGGUUUCGGUCAAGGUGGUGGCCAGUUCUGAUAAGAUAGUGGAAGUCAAGCCCGGCAUGAAAUCCAGGUUUGUUGACACAGGUGAGAUGCCGGAGUCCUUCCCUUAUCGUACUAAGGCACUUUUCGCCUUUGAGGAGAUUGAUGGGGUGGAUGUGUGCUUCUUUGGGAUGCAUGUUCAGGAAUACGGAUCAGAUUGCCCGCUUCCCAACACCAGACGUGUGUACAUCUCAUACCUGGACAGUAUUCACUUCUUCCGGCCACGCAGCCUUCGAACAGCGGUUUACCAUGAGAUACUCAUUGGCUAUCUGGAAUAUGUGAAGAAACUUGGCUAUGUCACGGGACAUAUCUGGGCCUGUCCCCCUAGUGAAGGAGAUGAUUAUAUCUUUCAUUGUCACCCAGCUGACCAGAAAAUUCCAAAACCGAAACGUUUACAGGAAUGGUACAAAAAGAUGCUGGAUAAAGCUUUCGCAGAGCGUAUUAUACAUGACUACAAGGACAUCUUUAAGCAGGCCACAGAGGAUCGCCUUACCAGUGCCAAGGAGCUUCCGUAUUUUGAAGGGGACUUUUGGCCUAACGUGCUGGAAGAGAGCAUCAAAGAACUAGAACAGGAGGAAGAAGAGAGGAAAAAGGAGGAGAGCACGGCAGCCUGUGAGAUCCCCGAGGUAAGGAUUACGCAGGGCUGCCAGGGCGACAGCAAAAAUGCCAAGAAGAAAAACAACAAAAAGACCAACAAGAAUAAAAGCAGCAUGAGCCGGGCUAACAAGAAGAAAACUAGCAUGCCCAAUGUGUGCAAUGAUCUGAGCCAGAAGCUGUAUGCCACCAUGGAGAAGCAUAAAGAGGUGUUUUUUGUGAUCCACUUCUACGCGGGUCCAGUGAUCAACUCCCUUCCUCCUAUUGUGGAUCCGGAUCCACUUCUGAGCUGUGACUUGAUGGAUGGGCGUGAUGCAUUUCUGACUCUGGCCCGUGACAAGCACUGGGAGUUCUCCUCGUUGCGUCGAUCCAAGUGGUCCACGCUGUGCAUGUUGGUGGAGCUGCACACACAGGGACAAGACCGAUUUGUGUAUACCUGUAACGAAUGCAAGAACCACGUGGAGACGCGCUGGCACUGUACUGUAUGUGAGGAUUAUGAUCUGUGUGUGAACUGUUACAACCUGAAGUGUCAUGAGCACAAGAUGGUCAAGUGGGGCCUGGGUCUGGAUGACGAGAGCAAUGGUCAAGGAGAAGCGCAGUCUAAGAGUCCACAGGAAUCAAGGCGUCUGAGCAUCCAGCGCUGUAUCCAGUCAUUGGUGCAUGCUUGCCAGUGUCGCAAUGCCAACUGCUCGCUGCCUUCAUGUCAGAAGAUGAAGAGGGUCGUUCAGCAUACAAAGGGUUGCAAGCGCAAGACGAACGGCGGGUGUCCUGUCUGCAAGCAGCUUAUUGCAUUGUGUUGCUACCAUGCAAAGCAUUGCCAGGAGAACAAAUGUCCGGUCCCCUUCUGUCUCAACAUCAAGCAAAAGCUACGGCAGCAACAGCUACAGCACAGACUGCAGCAGGCCCAGCUCAUGAGGCGGCGUAUGGCCACCAUGAACACACGAACCGUUCCUCAACAGCCUCUACCUUCCCCUACGCCUGCAACUCCUGGCACACCCACACAACAGCCCAGUACUCCACAAACUCCACAGCCUGCCCCUCAGCCCUCUCCUGGAGGAAUGGCCUCACCAGGCUUCCCUAGUGUGGCUAGGCCUCAACCUACCAACGUGGCAUCACAAGGGAAGCCAUCAAACUCAUUGCCCGUAGCGCCGCCUACCCAGCCACCUCCAGCUGCUGUUGCAGCCGCCCGUCAGAUAGAGCUGGAGGCACAGCAACAGCAGCAGCUGUAUCGGGUUACGAAUAUUGAUGGCAUGCCUGGCGUACGCCCAGGCAUGGUAAAUCCAACUGUUGGACCAGUAAAUUCUUUGCAGCAAAUGGGUAUGAAUGUGCCACGCCCUGCUCCAAUCAAACCCCCUCCCAUCAUCACGGGUAUGCAGCCAGGAGGACAGUGGCCUGCCAAUCCAAUGCCUCAACAGACUCAAUUACAGCAGAGUAUCCAGCGUCCAGCCGUGAUGCAAAUGACUGCUGCCCAGCAGGUAGUGGCUGGGCCUCGAAUGCAAGGCGUUCCACAGCAGCAGCCACGCAACAUAUCGCCCAACGCUUUGCAAGACCUUCUACGUACCCUCAAGUCGCCCAGCUCUCCCCAGCAGCAACAGCAGGUGCUCAACAUCCUUAAAUCGAACCCUCAGUUAAUGGCUGCUUUUAUUAAGCAAAGAACUGCGAAAUAUGUGGCCAAUCAGCCCGGCAUGCAGCCUCAACAGGCGCCACAACAGCCACCGCAGCAGCCCGGCAUGCAUCCUCAGCCCGGUCUGCAGAACAUGAAUCCCAUGCAAGUUGGGAUGCAGAGGCCCAAUGUUCCUCAGCAGCAGCCAGGGAUGAACCCACAGAGCCAGGGCAUGGGCCUUAUGACUUCAGGUCACAAUCCCAGUCUAGCAAAUAUGAACCCGCAGUAUCGCGAAAUCUUACGACGGCAGAUAAUGCAGCAGCAACAGGGCGGAGCAGGCAUGGCAGGUGGAAUGGCAGCUCACGGGCAGUUCCAGCAACCACAAGGAGGGUACCCACAGUCUCAGCAAGCGCUACAGCAACAACGUAUGCAACACCUCUCCAUUCAGAGUGGAGCCAUGGGACAGAUGCCGCAGAUGGCACAGCAAGGGUUGGGCACCGAUGGGACACCGACAACCCUCCAGCAAGCAUUACGGAUCCAGCAGCAGCUCAAGCAGCAGAUUGCUUCCUCCGGCCAGCCUAAUCCCAUGAGUCCUCAGCAGCAUCUCCUGACGGGCCAGCCCCCGAAUACUCAUCUUCCCCCUGGCCAACAGAUUGCCACCUCCCUGAGCAAUCAGGUGCGCUCGCCUGCCCCCGUCCAGUCUCCCCGCCCUCAGUCGCAGCCUCCACAUUCCAGCCCUUCACCCCGUGUACAGCCGCAGCCUUCUCCUCACCACGUCUCGCCGCAGACGGGCUCGCCUCACCCAGGCCUGGCAGCUUCGAUAGGAACCUCCUUAGACCAGGGCCACCUGGGAAACCCCGAACAGAGCGCCAUGCUUCCCCAGCUGAACCCUCCCAACCGUGGCGCCCUGACGAAUGACUUGUCUCUUGUGGGAGAUACUUCAGGGGAUACCUUGGAAAAAUUUGUUGAGGGAUUGUAGCAUCCCCCUUCCCCCAAAAAAAAUAAAAACAGCAGCGAACUGGAGAACUGCAAUGGUGGAUGGGAAGGGGGGCUCUUGUCUCGCUCUCUGCCUCCCCAUUUGUUAUAUAUAAAUAUAAAUAUAUAAAUAUCUAUCCCCCCCCCUCCCCCAUUCCUUCCACCCCUCAAUGGACUUUGUUAUAAUUUUUAUUUGCCUACUCAUUGCUGGUCUGCACAUCAGGGACACCGGGCCUCAGUCUGGACUGAGACCACCGCCCAUUGCCAGAUUCCAUGCCGGCACUGUUGGAGAGGAUGGCAGAGCGCUGCUGAGCACCGCCUUCACCUUUCUCUGGCACUGUCAGUGGCUGCUCUGAGUUUCGACACAGUUGAACCUAUUUGUGUAUCUGAAGAAUUUCAGUUUUAUGUGUUUUUUUUGUUCUUUCUUUCUCUUGGAAGCCGACCAGAAGGCCAAAAUUUAAGACGUCUCCACCGCCUGGUCUGACAAGGGGAAUAUCCGGCCCAGGAGCGAUUUUAUAGAGGGAACUACCCUUCUUUCAUCCUCACGGGGGGGGGGCGGAGGUGGGGGUGAAACAUUUCCUUCCCUGCCAGAUCGGUGCGGUAUUGCGUCUGGCAGUGAAGGGGUGAACUCUUAAUUACGCUGACGUGUGUAAUUAUAUCCUUUUUCUUCUUUUUUGAGGACUGUCUUAUUGGGGGGGUGUUCUCCUGCAGCUUCAAGAGCCUAAAACAAAGUAGUGGACGAGGUUUCACUUUUUGCCACUUGUAACUACAUCGAUCUUUUCCAAUCUGGGAUUUUUAUUUUUAAUUUUUUAUUUUUGGACCGCUUUUAAAGAGGGUGAAGGAUGCUGUAAAAAAAAAACACAAAAAACUGUCAUGGUUUACUUUACUUUCCCCCUUUCUGGGGAAAAAAAAACCCAGACAUCAGAAAGCUCUUCCACCCGAUAUUCCCAGCAUAACCCCUCCUCCUCCCCCCCUGUACAGUCUUUUUCUGCGAAGCCGAAAUCGUGCAAUCCGAUUUCACCACUCUCUAGAAAAAUUACCCCCCCCCCCCCCCCCCUUUAUUUUAUUAUAAUUUUUUUUUUUUUUUGUAACUGCUGGGGCAUGAAAAACGGAAAACUGGUCCCUCGCAACUUUUUUUUUUUUUUUUUUUUGAACUGUGUAUAAAUAAAAAAGAGGGAAAAAAAAAAAAAAAACAAUGGAGAGAAUCGAGAUCCGAGCAAUCAGUGCGGAAAUCAUGCUGGUUCUACCCCUUUUUGAAUAGGCGCAAAACAAGGCGGGAAACACAACGUAAAAAAAAAAAAAAAAAGACUUGAAUCAUUGUACAGAAUGGUAGAACGCGUGACGAGACGUUGGGAGCAUUUCUUAA